AGUGAGGUACUAUAGGAACUGUAAGUUGUCCUGGACAUCUACAACACUGGCGCAGGUGGCAUGAAGAGCUACAGGAGUGCACUAUAUCGUGGCUUGUGGACAUGGGGGCACAAAAGAAUACGUGUUCGGGACCGCAAAUUGAAAUGAGACGUUGAUGUAUCUCCAUGCCGAGGGUGACCCUGACCAAUUUGUGAAGGCGCGCAAGCAUGGUAGUUAUGAACGAACGGCCAAGAUUGACGGAGGGCGAGAGCAUGUUGCCAGCAGUGGAGACGAGAGGGAAGACCUAGGUUACUGUACAUAUGGCCCUGAAAGUGCCGCAGAGCGACUUCAGGAGGAAACACAUAAGAAUACCAAUGCCAAACUAGGUUAUGCAUCCAGAACCACAUACUCAUUGCGUGACUCUUGACCCACAGAGCGGCAUUUGGUCUCCUUGUUCGCGUUGACGGGUGUAAUGAGUACUCCAGCUGGCACCGGAGACGUACGGGGUUUUCUUGGCGUUGCCCACACGGAGUGAGGGAAGUGGGGUGUAUGGGUGGCAUAUUGGCAUUUCCACAAAUGAGAGGUGCCCAAGGUGUAACCCGAGAGCGAUGGCGAGUUACAGAUAGUUCAUCGUGUGAUCAAUCAUUGGUGAACUCUGGUGAACUUGAAUCUAGACACGGCUGGGGGCGUACAAGUCUGCGAGAGUGAUCCGGG